AGGUACAGCGCGCCGGCUUUCUAAAUAAGCAGCACAUUCAGGAACCCCAUCAGGACAGUAGGCAGGGCUGCAGCCUGGGUGUGAAAUCACACUAAUGCUCUCGCUCUAGUCAGGUCGAGCGAGAUUACUCACUCACUCUCUCUCGCUCACACACUGUCGUUUUACUCCACUACUGUAGCCCCAGCACCAGCAGCCUGUAGACAAGUGUGGAAUGGACGUCAAGGAGGGCAAGAAAGAAAGGAAAGAGGCAAGGAAAGGUCUGUGAGGAAACCUGGAAAGGGAUUCCGCUCUUCGUCGGCUGUCGGUUUGGAUCAGUUCUGUGAUGGGAGGCUGUGUUUGAACGGUGCACACUGCUGGAUCUCCGGUGGCCUGCCGGUGGCGCUGUCACUCUGAAAGGCAGACUGUUGGAUGCUUCAGACCAAAACUUUUCCUUACUGGGUCUAAUAGCUUUGACAAACCCUGGAAAUACCUGGAAUUACAGGACUACAACACUCCAAGCCCCUAGCCGAGGGACUUACUAAUAGUGCCCAGGCACUAGACUUUAAAGCUUUACAUUUGAAUAUACCAAUAAACCAAAAAAAAAGUACCAUAGCUUUAGCACUAGUGAUAGAUUACGACCAUCUGCCUGCCAUUGCACCAAACCUGCUGUGACCGUGAGGGUUGUGACCUUUCUGGCGCUCACUUCAAACGGACACUUGAAAAGAAGAACGCAGUCAGGGAGAGCUUCCGAGCGGCGGCGACUGAAACCAAAAACCCUAUCAGGCCUGGAUGCGAUGAACGCCUCAUGUAGGCAUCAGCAUGGAAAGCUGUGAGUCUCCCGUGGUUACUGGGACAGACGAUGGGCUUGGCUCCUCCGACACCUCCCAGCAGCAGCACCAUCCACAACCCUGGAACGAUCACCCUAACUCACAGGUUCCACCUUGCAACCAGCCCCCUUCCUUGGAGCCCCUAUCUCUCACUGCACCCCACCCAGCCCAGCUCCAAAACCCCAACACACCUCGUGAGGCUGUGAGAGAACAGCAGCAACAAACACUGUCCCAGGCUCCCAGCGUUAGCUCCGCUACCAGACGGCUGCACCCCAAAAUACAGGGGUUGGAGGAGGACGAGCAGGAGGAAGUGAGCUGUGGAGAAGAGGACGAAGAUUUGGAAGACUUGGAUGAUAUGGAGAUUGACAGCUGUUUCCCAAGUCUGCAGCCCUUUCCUGGUGUACCUAUGGUGCCAAGCGGAGGGGGCAUGCCCAUGCUCAUGCGGCAACAGCCCUCCCAUCGGAGGGGUGCUACAGACAGUGGGAGUGAAGAAGAAGGGGAGGAGGAUGAAGAGGAGAGUAGUGAUGUGGAAAACCUGGCUGGAGAGAUUGUCUACCAGCCUGAUGGCUCUGCCUACAUUGUGGAGAGCCUCAGCCAGCUGAUCCAAAGCGAUGGGAGCAUAGAACCAGGCCUGCUCUCUUCAAACUCUCUCCCUAGUGGGGGAAAGCCAGGGGAACCUGCAGGGACCUCUUCUUCGGCGUACCCUCAGAUCAUCAACACGUUCCACAUAGCCUCGUCUUUCGGAAAGUGGUUCGGCUCCUCAGACCAAGGUUUCCCCAAUACCUCAACCCUGGCAGGCCUCAGUCCUGUCCUGCACAGUUUCCGUGUCUUUGAUGUGCGGCACAAAAGCAACAAGGAUUACCUGAACAGUGACGGGUCUGCUAAGAAGUCCUGUGUAUCCAAAGAUGUUCCCAACAACGUGGAUUUCUCCAAAUUUGACGGACUGGCCCUCUAUGGCAAAGGCAAGCCUAUUCUCAUGUGUUUCCUCUGCAAGUUGUCCUUCGGCUACCCACGGUCCUUUGUCACACACGCAGUCCAUGACCACCGCAUGACCCUGUGUGAAGAUGAACGCAGGCUCUUAGGGGACAAGCAGGCAUCGGCCAUUAUACAGGGCAUUGGCAAAGACAAAGAGCCACUCAUUAGCUUCCUAGAACCAAAAAAUAAGAACUCUCCUCUGCAGCCGCCCACCCUAGUUCCCAUGAACUCAGGCCAGAGCUUCUACGGCACGUUCAGUGGAGUUCAUUUAGAAGGGGGUGGCAAUAGUGAGGGUGGUGAAAGCCUCCUCAACAAAGACUCUGAUUUGGGUCUCCAGCAACAAGCCCUCCUCACGUUGGGUGGCCUUGGCAGCCCCAAAACACCCUCCCUUACCUCAUCAUCAGGCCCAGCCAAAGAAUCCAGCGCUCUGUCCAAGCCACAGGGUAGGAGAACAGAGGGGUCUGUAGGAAAAGAGGGGACUUAUAGAGGGGAGGAUGGGGAUGCAGGAACUUGUGAAAAUAAGGCUCUCCUUCCUGGUGAGGACAUGGCCUCCGAGGAUGAGGAGGAACUUCUUUUUGAAGAGGAGGACGAAGAGGUAGAUGAUGAACGCGCUGCGUUGGCCUGUAGUGGAAGUAGCAACAGCGGUGGUGGAUUUGUGGGGGAACUGGCUGUCUCAAACCAAAGCAUCUCCAAAUCUCCUUUAUUAAUGCCUAGUAGCACUCUCCAGCCUUCUGCCUGUUUAUCUGCAGCCAGCCCUGCACUCAGCAGCAAAGUCUCUGCUUCCAUGUCCUCUUCCUCUGUCAGGGGGUCCGAGGAAGGGUUGGCUGCAGACGGUGGGGGGAGGACUUCAGAACUCCCUUUGAGCUUUAACUGCCAGGGGGCUGCAGUCCCUUUGGCAAUGGCGGCAGCCGCUGGUAGAGGGGGCGAAGAGGAUGGGGCUGCAUGCUCCUCUGCGAGCACGUCCUCCCCUCUUGCCUCCAAUGCCGCUGCUGAGGAAAGUGCCAAUCGAGAUAGUGCCACAGCUCCUGAACCAAAUGAAUGCCCAGCAGAGGGAGAUGAGGACAACGGUGCCCUCCUCCAUCACCACCACCACCUUCACCACCACCAUCAUCACCCACACCCGUCACCAAAUGCCCACUCGCACCCACACCAUUCAGCUGCUUGUGACAUGUCAGGAAUGGGUGAAUGCACCCAAAACCAUGGCAUUGGAGGCAGUGGAGGCAGCGGGGUAGAGUGCCCAAAGUGCGAUACUGUCCUAGGCUCCUCGCGCUCCUUGGGUGGCCAUAUGACCAUGAUGCACUCGCGUAACUCGUGCAAGACACUAAAGUGUCCCAAAUGCAACUGGCACUAUAAAUACCAGCAGACCCUGGAGGCCCACAUGAAAGAGAAACAUCCUGACUCUGGAGGCUCCUGUGCGUACUGCAGCAGUGGGCAGAGUCAUCCCCGUCUUGCCCGUGGGGAGAGUUACACUUGUGGCUACAAACCCUUCCGUUGUGAGGUCUGCAACUAUUCCACUACAACCAAAGGCAACCUGAGCAUACAUAUGCAGUCUGACAAGCAUCUCAACAACAUGCAGACGUUACAGAAUGGGGGUUCCAUUCCAACUGCUGGCGAACAGGUGUUUGGCCAUGCGCCCAGUGGAGUCGUACCUGUUUCCUCUGCAACCCAGGCCAGCAGCCAUCACCCUAGUCACCACCAUCACCCAGCUCAGACCUCCACCCACAUGGCAGGGCCCUGUGGUGCCCCCUCACCAACCAAGCCAAAAAGCAAGCCCACCUGGAGGUGUGAGGUAUGUGACUAUGAGACCAAUGUAGCACGUAACCUGCGAAUCCACAUGACGAGUGAAAAACACAUGCACAACAUGAUGUUGCUUCAGCAGAACAUGACCCAAAUGCAGCAUGGCCGGCUUGGUCUAGGAGCCAUGCCUUCUCCCUCUGAAGCUGAGCUGUACCAGUACUACUUAACGCAGAACAUGAGCCUUCCGCCAGGCCUUAAGAUGGACCCGUCUGGAGCUGAUGCUCAGUUUCUGCUUGGUGGUUUUCAUCUGGAUCCUAACAUGGCAGCCCUUGCCCCAGCACUAGUUGGAGGGGACAUAGCCAUGGAUGUACGCCUGGGCGGGGGACAGCUGGUGUCGGAGGAGUUGAUGACCCUGGGCGAGAGUCUGUCCCAGACCAGCGACCCUUCCCUCAAACUCUUCCAGUGUGCCGUGUGCAACCGUUUCACUACCGACAACCUGGAUGUGCUGGGCCUGCACAUGAGCGCAGAGCGCUCGCUCCCAGAAGAGGAGUGGAGAGCCGUGGUGGGCGACUCGCACCAGUGUAAGCUGUGCCACUACACCACGCAACUCAAGGCCAACUUCCAACUGCACUGCAAGACCGACAAGCACGUGCAGAAGUACCAGCUGGUAGCGCACAUCAAGGAGGGUGGCAAGGGCAACGAGUGGCGACUCAAGUGCGUGGCCAUCGGCAACCCUGUGCACCUCAAAUGCAACGCCUGCGACUACUACACCAACAGCCUGGAGAAGCUGAGGAUGCACACGGUAAACUCGCGCCACGAAGCCAGUCUCAAGCUGUACAAGCAUUUGCAACAGCACGAGAACGCCGUGGAGGGCGAGUCUUGCUACUACCACUGUGUCCUGUGUAACUACUCUACCAAGGCCAAGCUGAACCUCAUCCAGCACGUCCGGUCCAUGAAGCACCAGCGCAGCGAGAGCCUUCGGAAGCUGCAGCGGCUGCAGAAGGGCCUGCCAGAGGAAGAGGAGGAGCUGAGUGCCAUCUUCACCAUUCGCAAGUGUCCGUCUGCAGACACAGGAGAGCUGAGUGAGGAUGUGGAGGCUGCCAGUGAGAACGCCACAGAUCAAGAGGACCAAACCAAAGGCAGAGACAGUGGGGGGGAAAGGGAGCUCACCAAAGGGACAGCAUCCAGCCAAUCGGAGAGGGAACAGACGGAUUCCCCGGUCCCCGUCAAGCGGCCCUCUUCAAGAUCAGAGUCAUCCGAAAGCCCCCUCUCAUCCAAGAGACCCAAGACUGCUGAGAAAAGCAGUGGCGAGCAGAUGUACCAGUGCCCCUACUGCAAGUUCAGCAACACAGACCUGAACCGGCUCAGAAUGCACGUGAUGACGCAGCACUCGGUGCAGCCCAUGUUUCGCUGCCCGCUGUGCCAGGACAUGCUCAACAACAAGGUCCACCUGCAGUUUCAUCUCACCCAUCUCCACAGUGUGGCACCAGACUGCGUCGACAAGCUGAUAUCCACUGUGGCAGCUUCAGAUGUACUGCCAGCAAGCAUGUUCAUACCAGUUCCUGGACCAGACCGAGAUUCUCAAAACACACCUCAGUCCAUGGCCAACUCAAGUUCGGAGGACACUAAAAAGCAAACAGAAGUGGCAGAUGUUGAGUCUGAGAAAGGAGUUUGUCUGGCCGCAGACACAGCUGAAGCUCGCAAGUCUCCUCUUGAGGAACAACAGCCUGCAAAAGAUGACACUGCUUUCCUUUGUUGGAAAAAGGGCUGUAACAAAGUCUUUAAAUCCUCAAAUGCCCUUCAGAUGCACUUCAACGAGGUCCACAAUAAAAGGCCCCAACUGCCUGUUUCCGAUCGUCACGUCUACAAAUAUCGCUGCAACCAGUGUAGUUUGGCAUUCAAGACGAUAGAGAAACUACAGCUGCAUUCCCAAUACCAUGUCAUCCGCGCAGCCACAAUGUGUUGUCUAUGCCAACGGAGCUUCAGGACCUUGCAGGCACUUAAAAAGCAUCUGGAGACCAGUCACCUGGAGUUGAGUGAAGCUGACAUCCAACAGCUUUAUGGAGGUUUACUAAUGAAUGGAGAUUUAAUGAUAAUGGGUGAUCCGUCACUCGGAGAGGACCAGGGUGGUCUCCUUGAUGAUGAGAAGGAAGGAGAAGAAAGUGAUCCAGAAGAAAAGCAAAGUCCAACUGGCAGUGACUCUGGAUCUUUGCAAGAGGACUCUGGAUCGGAACCAAAACGAGCCCUGCCAUUUAGGAAAGGCCCCAACUUUACUAUGGAGAAGUUUCUAGAUCCAUCUCGCCCUUUCAAGUGCACAGUCUGCAAAGAGUCAUUUACUCAAAAGAAUAUUCUUCUUGUACAUUAUAACUCAGUGUCUCACUUACACAAAGUCAAAAGGGCCCUACAAGAAUCCACCACUGGCCAGCCAGAACCUACCAGCAGCCCUGAUAAUAAACCCUUCAAGUGCAGCACAUGCAAUGUAGCAUACAGUCAAAGCUCUACACUGGAGAUUCACAUGCGCUCUGUGCUUCAUCAGACCAAGGCCAGGGCAGCAAAGCUUGAAGCAGCUGGUGGCAGUUCUAGCUCUGUAAGCAACAGUGGCCAAAGCGGAAGCACUUCCAACAGCACUUCAACCCCAAGCCCUAUUCCCACCACUAACACGAUCACCAGCUCCAGCAACAGCAGCAGUUCUCCAGCAGGAGCUCAGACAGUGCAGAGCUUGCUAGGAGGUAAUCAUCUGAGUCAUUCUCACAGUGUUGAGAAUUUGGGCAACUCAGCUUGUCAUUCCUCCCCUUCUGAGAAUCAUGAUGUUAAAAAGAAGAAAUUUGCAGAUAUGCUUUCCUCAAGGAGCCAUCAGCAGCAACUUCAGCAACAACAGCAGCAGCUGGCCCAAGCUCAAGCACAGGCACAGGCUCAACUCCAACAAGAGUUCCAGCAGGCAGCUCUUCUUCAGUCUCAGCUCUUUAACCCUCUCCUCCAGCACUUCCCUAUGACAACAGAUGCUCUUCUCCCACUUCAGCAGCAACAACUUCUCUUUCCAUUUUACAUUCCUGGGGCAGAAUUUCAGUUGAAUCCAGAAAUGAACUUGAGUAGCGCUUCAUUGAACUUAAGUGCAUCUGCAGCGUCAAUGUUGGAGGAACAGAAAAACUCCGCCCAGCAAGCCCAGCAGAGCUGCUUACAACAGCAACUUAUGCACCAUCACCUACAGCAACAGCAUCAAGCUCAUUCCCACUCACAGGGUUCAAGCCAAAUGGCUUUGCUUCAACAGAGUGCUCUUUCUCAGCCUGUAGACAAAAAACCAAAGCCCUCUCCUCACAGUGAAAAAGAGAGAGAACUUCCAAAGGAUAAAGAAAUUAGUGAUAAAGCAGAGGACCAUGCUGCAAAAGAUAAUUCAGACAUUUCAAAGUCCAAAGAUAAGAAAGAUACUCCACAAACUGUAGUAAAUGUAAACCAUGACUCUGGAUUUCCCCCUCCAAGGAUUGCCUCAGAUGCUCGAGGAAAUGCCACCAAAGCCUUAUUGGAAAAUUUUGGAUUUGAAUUAGUAAUUCAGUACAAUGAGAACAAGCAAAAAGCACAAAGAAAGCCAACAGGUUCCAUAUCUGGAUCAAGUGGGCCCGGUGGUAUCACCAGAGUGGUUGACCCUAUCGAAGGAUUAGAAAAACUGGAGUGUGAGUCCUGCGGUAAGCUGUUUUCCAACAUACUGAUCCUGAAGAGUCACCAGGAGCAUAUCCACCAGGCUUUCUUUCCAUUCAGAUUUCUAGAGAGAUUUGCCAAAGACUACAGAGAACAGUAUGACAAGCUUUACCCAUUGAGACCUCAGACACCUGAAGCUGCUCCUCCUCCACCGCCACCCCCUCCUCCACCCCCUCCUCCGCCUCCCCAAAGAGUACCAACACCAAAUAUACCCGUUACUACUCCUACCCUAACACCACCAACUCCUCCAACCCCACAACCUUCAGUUCCAAUGACUCAAAUUCCAAUGUCCAUGGAUCUCCCCCUUUUCUCUCCACUCAUGAUGCAGCCCAUGUCACUGCAGUCAUUGCCUUCCCAGAUUCCUGGCCAAAUGUCAGCUGUGGAGCCCAGUCUUGCGACUGAUCUGGCCCAGCUGUACCAACAGCAGCUUACCCCCGCCAUGCUGCAGCAACAGAAUAAGAGGCCCCGCACCCGUAUCACGGAUGACCAGCUAAGGGUGCUUCGCCAAUAUUUUGAUAUCAACAACUCUCCAAAUGAGGAACAAAUAAAGGAAAUGGCAGAUAAAUCAGGACUCCCUCAAAAAGUCAUCAAGCACUGGUUCCGUAACACUCUUUUCAAAGAGCGUCAACGCAACAAAGACUCACCUUAUAACUUCAACAACCCUCCAAUUACCACUCUGGAAGAACCCAAAAUUGAUUCAAAACCACCCUCUCCUGAGCCUCAAAGACAUGAAUCAUAUGGAAAUAAGAGAUCCUCAAGAACAAGGUUCACAGACUACCAGCUGAGGGUGCUGCAGGAUUUCUUUGAUGCUAAUGCAUAUCCUAAAGAUGAUGAAUUUGAGCAGUUGUCCAAUCUUCUGAGCCUACCAACUCGAGUCAUCGUUGUGUGGUUCCAAAAUGCCAGACAAAAAGCUCGUAAAAAUUAUGAAAACCAAGGAGAUGGAAGUAAAGAAGGCGAUCGGCGCGAGCUAUCCAAUGACCGAUACAUUCGUACCACCAACUUAAACUAUCAGUGCAAGAAGUGCAGCCUGGUUUUCCAGCGAAUAUUUGACCUUAUUAAACACCAAAAGAAGCUUUGUUACAAAGAUGAGGAAGAAGACGGGCAGUAUGAUAGCCAAAAUGAGGACUCUGUUGAUCUCUCGCAUGAAUACUACACACCUUCUGGGUCAUCAGGUCAAACACCAAUGCCCUCAUCCUCAAGUCUCUGCCCUCUUCCUCCUUCAUUCUCUCACAUCUCAUCAUCUGAAAACGAGGAGGCCACACCUGCUAACACAUCAAACUCUUUUGAAGAGAAAUCAAAACACUCUGCAGAAGCGUCACUGGGUCAAAGAGAGCAGACAUCAUUGAAACAAGAAACCAGUCAUCCGUCUGAGACCCCACAGCAGAGGCCACAAAGAGAGGAAAAGACUCAUACGGUCCCAAAGAACUCUAAACUUUCUUCGCCUCCCCUCUCUCAACAGCAACAACAUAGUGGUCCCUCCAUUUCACACACCAGUCAGACCUCUCAGAGUUCCCACAUGGCCCUAAAUGCCCAUUUAGCCUCUGCCUCACAGCAGCAGUUGGCCCAGCAAAUGAUCCCAUACCAGUGUGAACAGUGCAAACUUGCCUUCCCUUCAUUUGAGCAUUGGCAGGAACACCAGCAGCUUCAUUUUCUAAGUGUCCAAAAUCAGUUUAUUCAUCCUCAGUUUUUAGAUCGCUCAAUGGACAUGUCCUUUAUGUUAUUUGAUCCUAGCAAUCCUCUUCUGACUAGCCAGCUCCUUGCAGGAGCAAUACCACAAAUGUCUGGCACCUCUGCCACGUCUCCAUCAACACCUACGUCCACUAUGAACUCGUUAAAGAGAAAAUUGGAGGAAAAGGCAGGUACUAGUCCAGGAGAAAGUGACAGCAUGAACAGCGGAGAGGAGCCACAAAGAGACAAGCGCCUCCGAACCACCAUAACGCCUGAGCAACUAGAGAUUCUAUACCAGAAAUAUUUGCUCGAUUCUAAUCCUACUCGUAAGAUGCUUGACCACAUUGCUCAUGAGGUGGGGCUUAAAAAACGUGUGGUACAAGUAUGGUUCCAAAACACAAGAGCCAGAGAAAGAAAAGGCCAGUUUCGGGCUGUUGGUCCAGCUCAGGCCCAUCGUCGUUGCCCAUUUUGCCGAGCCCUAUUUAAAGCAAAAACCGCCCUUGAGGCCCACAUUCGUUCACGGCACUGGCAUGAGGCUAAACGUGCUGGUUACAGUCUGACACUUUCCGGUAUGUUACCCGAACAAGAGGCAAUGCAGUUGAAGAUGGACCCUCUGGAUAUCUCCAGCUACUCCCAUCUUGCCCCUUCUAGCAAUGAGGCCCAAUGUUCAUCUCUGUCACCUGUGAGCAAAAACAUGGACUUGUCUCCCAGGGCUCUUUUGAGCCCAACUUCUAUUAAGGUUGAGGGAGUGGAAGACUUUGAAAGCCCAACCAUUUCCUCAGUGAACACAAACUUUGAUCAGAAUAAACUUGAUAAUGAUGAUUGUUCGUCAGUGAACACGGCCAUCACUGAUACUACCACUGGUGAUGAGGCAAAUGCGGACAAUGACAGUGCUGAUGCAAAGCACAGCCAUAAUAGUGGAGAUUUUCUCUCUAAGUCUGGGGGCACAAUCCCCUCUAUUGAGAACGAUGAACAGAUGUCAUCAGGACUGGUGAGCCCUGCAACAAGUUACUACACAAAAGACUUUGAAAAUGAACAUAUAAUCGAUUAUAGUGAAACAUCUAGUCUGGCUGACCCUUGCUCACCAAGCCCAGGAGCCUCUGGAAGUAGAAGCAUUGAUAGUGGAGACAGGCCUGGUCAAAAACGCUUCCGUACACAGAUGUCUAAUCUUCAGCUUAAGGUGCUCAAGUCUUGCUUCAAUGAUUACAGGACUCCAACGAUGUUAGAGUGUGAGGUACUUGGCAAUGACAUUGGACUUCCAAAGAGAGUGGUUCAAGUGUGGUUUCAGAAUGCUCGGGCUAAAGAAAAGAAGGCUAAGCUCAGUAUGGCUAAGCACUUCGGUAUCAACCAGACAUCUUACGAGGGACCCAAGACAGAGUGCACUUUGUGUGGUGUUAAAUACAGUGCUCGCCUCUCAGUGCGGGAUCACAUAUUUUCACAACAACACAUCUCCAAGGUAAAGGAAACCAUUGGAAGUCAGCUUGAUAAAGAGAAAGAGUACUUUGACCCUGCAACAGUUCGUCAGCUGAUGGCGCAACAGGAGAUGGAUCGUAUCAAGAAAGCUAAUGAGGUCCUCGGAUUAGCACAACAACAAGCCAUGCAGCAACAAGGGAUGUUUGACACGCCUGCUUUGCAAGCCUUGAACCUUCAGUCAGGUUAUCCAAAUCUGCCAGGGAUUCCCCCUGUUCUUCUGCCAGGUGUUGGUGGUCCAUCUAUUCCAGGCUUUAACUCAUCCAAUUCAGCUUUAACCCCACCAAAACCUCCAAACCUCCUGAACAUGCCUGGUGCCAGUGUACCCUCACCUAGUCUCCCUACAUCUGGAUUACCCAACAAGACCCCUUCAUCCUCUUCCUUGGCUUCACCCAGCCCAGCUCAGGCCAGUACAUCUGUUCCCCGUUCAAGCCCUACCCCAACAUCUACAUCAAACUCUUUGACAACACAGACAUGUCCUCGUCCUGAACCCCCCAAAGAUCGUCAUACAGAGAGGACCAGAGAAAAAGAAAAAUCCAAGGAAAAGGCUGAAAAGCCCUCUACACCAUCUUCAGCUGGAGGAACUCCUGCUCCCUCCACUUCUGCUGCCAGUGCCAAGAAAGAAAAACCUGACCCCGCUGUUCCAGCCACAUCAAUGCCAACACCUGGUAUGGAGUAUGUGGUAGAUACUGCCCAACUUCAAGCUCUGCAGGCAGCUUUAGCCUCUGAUCCAACAGCUCUACUAACAAGUCAGUUCCUGCCCUACUUCAUGCCAGGAUUCUCUCCAUAUUACGCCCCUCAGAUACCAGGUGCCCUUCAAGGUGGAUAUCUUCAGCCCAUGUAUGGAAUGGAAAGUCUUUUCCCCUACAACCCAGCUUUAUCACAGGCCCUUAUGGGGUUAUCACCAGGAUCCUUGCUUCAGCAUUACCAGCAAUACCAACAGAGCUUGCAAGAGGCACUUCAGCAGCAGCAGCGCCAGCUUCAGCAGAUUCAGCAGCCCAAAGCGAGCCAAACAGCAGUCUCAUCACAAAAUUCAGUAGACCGUAAGGACCCUGCCAAAGAUUCAGUAAAAACAGAGGAGAAGAAGAGCACUUCCUCUGCCGAAACCUCUUCCACUCACAAAAACCUAACCACUGAGCAGCAUGAAGUGGACGGCAAAGGUGCAGACCCCCUUCCUGACCAAUUUAUUGUCCCCAAAGUUCAAUACCGACUGGCGUGCCGCAAGUGUCAAGCUGUCUUUAGCAAGGAGGAAGCGGCUAUAAGCCACCUCAAGUCAGUUUGCUUUUUCGGUCAGUCUGUGGCAAACCUGCAAGAGAUGUUGCUUCGGGUCCCCAGUGGUGGAAACGCAGGAGAGCGCAGCCUCUAUGACUGCCUUGCCUGUGAUACCACUCUAGAUGGGAACAAAGCGCUUAGUCAACACCUGAAUUCAGCCUUGCACAAACACAGAACAAUCAAAAGAUCCAGAAAUGCCAAAGAGCACGCGCCUAGUUUAUUACCUCACUCUUCAGCCUGCUUCCCCAGUCCUAACACCGCAUCUACCUCGCAGUCUGCCACUCACUCAAACAACACCCCAUCCCCUCCGCCAAUGACAUCAGCCACCACGCCGUCCUCAUCCGUGCCUGCAUCUUCAUGCACCUCUACCUUCACGGCCACCCCGCUCAACACAACAGCCGCAGGCAAACCCUGGUCCCAGACCCCUUUCUCCAGAGCUUUAGCUGGGAAGCCCCAUGUCCCCACUUCUUCAUUGUCUUCGUUUCCUCCAGUUUCCUCUCCUUCAACGGUUACCUCAAGUUCAUUGAGCACCUCAGGGGUCCAGACCUCGAUACCAACAGACGUCUUUACCGACGAAUCUGAUUCUGACAGCAGUCAGAAAUCAGCAGACAGGCUGGGCAGGCCAGCAGAGGAGCCACAACAGCCUGGCUGUCUAAAAGACAGUAGUAGUUGUAGUAGUAACCUUACUAGUGUAGGAUCGGACUCCAUCAGAUUGUAAAAGCUUUCAGUGACAAACGAUAUAAAACAGAAAAAAAGGAAAAAAAGACAGAAGAAAACACAAAAGAAAAAACAAAAAGCAGCAAUGUUUAAAAUAUGUUUAAAAGUAUACAAACCAAUUUCAGAAAAGAUGUGUAAAGACUAACUGCAAUUCCAAAGCUUGUAACCAAAAAUUUAAAUGUUAGUGGAUUGUUUUCCCAUAUCAACAUGCUGGUUUUAGUUUACUACAACUUUUAAUAUAUAAAGAUACACACACACAGAUGCAUAUAUAUAUACAUGUAUGCAGUAUAUAUAUAUAUAAAUGAAUAGAGAUCACAGCAGUAACAGUUGGUUAUUGCUAGUGGAAUGCAGUGGACUGCCUCAAAGUUAUUUAAACGGCCCCACACAACCCUCUAUACAAAGAACGAGUCAACAAGUUGUGUUUCUUAUUCCAUAAUAGCACAGUCACAUAAAGCCAGUAUGUACUGUAUGGGAGAAUAGUCUUACAGUUUUCUUGCUAUCUAAGCAUUCAAAUACCAAUGGCUUGCUAAAGAAAAGAAAAAUAAUGUCUAUUUUAUUCUCAGGUCAACAGCUCACAACCUUUUUGUGUUACAAAAAGUCAUUAUUUUAUUCAUUUUGUUCUAAACAAAUGAUAUACAUUUCUGUUUUUAUAUGAUUUUAUUGGCUGAAAGUAUUCAGAAACGAUACUAAAAGUUUUCUGGGCAUUCAAUGAGUAGCUGAAUUGCUGGUUUUAAACCUUCCUAAUUAUUUUUGUUUGUUUGUUUUUAACGGGAGAUUACCGAUCCCGUUUUACCCAGACACGAAAAGCAUUGCAGACUGGUGGGGGAAAAAAGAUUUUUUUUUAGGGAAAAACUUUCUGUAUUUAUGAUAGAUAUAUACAUUUUUGGUGUUAAGUAGAUUGUUGCAUUGGAAAUGAAUUUAAACAGUAUGGUAGAUUGAAAAAUCUUUGUGUACAUUUAGCUUUUGUAUCGUCCAACUUUAAGGCGCUUCAUUUGAUGUUGUCUUGGUCAUUCCAAUAGACUAGAAUAAGGAGCAGGAAACGAUCUCUACUCUUUUUGUGUCAAAUUCUCCACUCCCUGGUUUUUGUUGUCCCGACUCGAUGGUUAGUUCAGCACUGACCCAAAACCCAAGAGAAAUCUGGGGUGUGUUUUUGUUCUUUUUGUGUUACCUUAGUGCACUUACCACUGUCUGACUCUCUCUCUCUCUAUCUUUGUCUAUGUGUUUCCCUUUUUCUGUACUCCCCUGCCUUUGUAGAUUCGGAGAUAACCGCCUCUCCUUAAGCACUACAAAGCAGAUACAUGUUUCCAUGUAGUGUGGCUGCAGUCUGCUAUAGGCUUUACGUUGAUUUCAACUUUUUUGUUGUCAUGUACGAUAAUGAAAAAAGAAAUACUAAUAAUAAUUCUCACGCUUUAAAACGAAAAGAAAAUCCAAAGACUUAACACUUUCACCAUUGGUGCAUAAAGAUGAGAAGAGGCUUCUUUAUACUUGAGAAUUUGUUGCUGUUUUUAAAGAAAGUAAAAGUUUUAAAAUCAAAGAAGUACGCAUCAGAUUGCCGUUUUUGCUUCUUUGCAAGCAAGCGGGUGGCUUUUUACAUCAAAUACUAAGAAAACCAAAAAUCUUAAAGGGCCCCUGUCCUUGCGUUGUGGAGCAGCACCGUUACAGAGCCAUUGCAGUUUGUAAAAUAAAAGUUUUGUUGAAGUUUUCUGUCACACAUGAAAUCCAUUUUUUGUUGUUGUUGUUAUUAUUGUUGUUGUUUUUUCUUUUGUAAAAAAUGUACAAGGUCUGGUCUUUGAGGACAUAUGUUUUGCUGCUAAUGUAGAUUCGGAAAGGAAGAAUACCUAGAUGCAUGCUCCUUUUGCUUUUUGGCUAAGCUUUAACGAAAAGAAGAAACCCAAUAAACCAUUUCCCUGCCCCUGCAACAUCCUUUUCCCCUUCUUGUUGCAAAAACUGAACUUUUGAAGACUGUGAACACGUGUUCCAAAGGACAUUUUAGCUUUUUCAUUUUUGAACAGACCAAUGUUUUAAAGCCAAUGAUAUCUAUAAUGUUUGUAAAAAUUACAGUGCAUUCCAAAUACUACACCCGAGUUUUCAUUUCUUAA